GUCGUUUAUAGUAGGUCUUCAAACAUUGUUUUUCUUUCUCCUCGAUGAAAAUAGGCAAACAACUAUGUCCUGUUGCCCUCAACUCCUCAAGUUCAACUGUACUGUGUAAAAAGGAAGGAUUUUAGAGAUGAGUUAUGGAGUGGUAGGCCAUCCGUCGCCUCUAUAUCCAGAUUGUUAUCCUUCAACAUCCCCAAAGCAGCAUAAUGGUAACGGGCGUUUGGGCGUAGAGGAAUCUAGUAAUACUUUCAAGCCCCCAACUGUUGAUAACUCCCCAGGGUUUAAGUGGCGUUUAGUCAUUGCAUAUGAUGGCACCCGUUAUGCAGGAUGGCAAUUCCAGAUGUCACCACCAACCAUACAAUGUGUUGUGGAAAAAGCUUUAAUUCGAGUUACAAAACUGGAACGCAAAGAUCUUUUGUUAGUUGGUGCUAGUAGGACUGAUACAGGAGUUCAUGCUUGGGGUCAGGUGGCACACUUCAUUACACCUUUCAAUUAUGACAGCUUGGACAGCAUUCAUGCAGCUCUAAAUGGUCUUCUUCCUUCUGAUAUCCGUGUUAGGGAGAUUAGCCCUGCUGUGCCAGAAUUUCAUGCCCGGUUUUCAGCAAAAAGCAAGGUUUAUUACUAUAAGGUCUAUAAUGAUGCAGUCAUUGAUCCAUUUCAGCGCCAUUAUGCUUACCAUAGUGUUUAUAAACUGAACACUGCUUUCAUGAGAGAAGCUGCAAAGCAUUUCAUUGGAAAUCAUGAUUUUUCUGCUUUUGUCAAUUCUUCACGCAAUGAUCGAGUGCCAAACCCUGUGAAAACUAUCUUUCGUUUUGAUGUUGUUGAAAUGGGAGCACUUUUGCAGCUAGAAGUUGAAGGCUCAGGUUUCUUGUAUAGACAAGUACGGAACAUGGUUGCUUUGCUGCUUCAAAUUGGAAAAGAAGCACUUCCUCCUGAUAUUGUUCCGAAGAUUCUGUCAACUCGAGAUCGCAGGGAGCUUGCUAAAUAUGCAUUGUCUGCCCCACCUCAUGGACUCUGUCUUGUAGCCGUUAAUUAUAAUGAAGAGCACCUACAGCUUCCCGCAGGUUGCCCCAUAGCUAGUUUUGGUAGGCGACAUACGGUAAACAAAUAUGGCAUGGUCUCUCUGGCUGCAGAAGCAUGUAGAUUCUUAAUGGCUCAUUUUUCGAAUUUGGAACAAUGGAGUUGAGUCAUAUGCAAGCUUAAUCUUUAUAAUGUCCAAAGUAGGACAUAUGCCACGUUGACAAUGUUAACCCUUGUGAUUCAGAUGAGCAUGCAUGCAUACAUAUUGAUUCAGAAUAUCAAAUCUUUAGGAUGUAACUUUUCACAGAAAGCUGGCUGUUGGAUGAAGCAUUUGUCAUUUAUAUCUUUAAAUUGAAGACUCGAUAAUUUUUUCACAA